AUGCACCUCUCGACCACAACCGCUGCUCUCAUCAGCUUCACGCUGCUGAGACUCGCCGCCGCCGGCUGCUACAGCGGCGGUCAGUCCUGGCCGAGCGACCACGCCGGCACGCUUUCUGCAAUUCAAGCGGUGGCCAACGACUACGAAAAGCAAGGACAACUCUCCAAAGGCGAACAUCACUACACCAAAGAAGUCGGCGGUGUAUGUUUGCACUUUGUCCUCGACAACAUCUCUGGCGGGGACAGAAGUAUUGGUGCCACUGAGGCUACUGAUGGCUUCACGAAAGAAUUUCGUGGGUGUAAUUAUGGAGGUGAUACCUCUUACACCAAUUGGCGAUAUGUGCUCGACCCAAAUACAAAGACUGGCACCGUAUGCUAG